AGCGUCCUCGUGCCAGAUGCGCCAGAUGUGCACCCGAGCUGCAGCUGUAAUGUGCGCUGUGUCAUGAACGCACAGCUCCUGCAGCCAGAGAUGACUAAAACACUACAGUGUGUUAGAGAAUCAACAUGGCGGAGGAUGCUCUGAAUUCCACCCAGGAAAAGUAUCCUCUUAUCUCAUCCAUUUUUCUUUCAAUCACGACCUUGCACUAAUUAUUACAGUGUUAUAGCUAAAGGUGUUCAUGUUUUGUUGGUUCUGCUGUAUGGCUCGUGGGUUUAUAAUUCAGCGCUUCUUAUAUAUCGGUGGAUAUAUUAUAUUGGCAAUAUUCCAGAUGUGCAUUAUAGAUGUUGCACCAGAACUUACAGGUGUUAAGAUCUGUUAGGAACAUGAGCCAAACGCCAGAGACGCCAGUCGAGGCUCCUGCUGCAGGGACAGAAGCACUUCCUGUUCAAACUGAAAGCAAGCAGCCAGCAGGGGGGAAGAAACAAAAUAAAAAGAAAGUGGAGGAGGUGGUAGAGGAAGAGGAAGAGGAGUAUGUUGUGGAGAAGGUCCUGGAUAGACGUAUUGUGAAGGGAAGAAUAGAGUAUCUCCUCAAGUGGAAAGGCUUUUCAGAUGAUGACAACACAUGGGAGCCUGAAGAAAAUUUAGACUGCCCGGAUCUCAUCGCAGAAUAUCUGCAGUCCCAGAGAAGUGCUAAUGAAUCAGGUGGCAAGCGGCGUGCUGACGCAGACGGUGAUGGAAAGGAGAGCCAGCCUAAAAAACGCAAGGAUGAGCCAGAGAAACUCAGAGGCUUUGCUCGUGGGUUGGAUCCCGAGAGGAUCAUUGGUGCUACAGAUUCAAGCGGAGAACUUAUGUUCCUCAUGAAAUGGUGUGUAUGGAGCUGGAUGCCUGGUUUAAAACUGCUUCACCUCAGGAAGAACUCUGAUGAAGCAGACCUUGUUCCAGCCAAGGAGGCGAAUGUAAAGUGUCCACAAGUUGUCAUUUCUUUCUAUGAGGAGCGCCUCACCUGGCACUCUUACCCCACUGACGAAGAGGAGAAGAAGGAUGAGAAAAACUAGGCAAACUAUUGGGAGCUAUUGGGAAUAUUUACACUUGUCAUCAUCUGAAGUAAACGGCAGCAAAAGGCUUAUAUGAUUUUAGGAAAACGCCACUGAAACUCACAGCACCUCAGGCAAUUAAACAGUACCCGUAAUUUGCAUAGGCUCUGGUGUAUUUCACUCAUAGCGCUGCUACUGUAGCUAAAUGUACUCAGUAGACUACUACUUUUUAUGUUUGUGUUCCAUUUUUAUUCUUGAUUUUGGAGAUAGUUUACAGCUAGUCAGUUUCUUUACUGACAUUGUGUUCCAGACCCUGUGUAGAUUACAAUGCUGGCCAUUUCAUAUCAGCUCCCAAAAAGCUUUCUUUAAUAUAUUCCUUUACUUCCUUUACAUUGGACUGAUUAAAAAUAUUGCUGCCUUAACUGAGAUUAUAUGGGGGGGGGGGGGGAAAGGCAUAACAUUUUAUACAUUUUUCAAAAAGCAAGCCAAGUAAAUGAAUCUUGAAAUGCCCUUGGGGAAGUACAUGUACAGUGGUGUGAGAAUUGACCAAGAUUCCCAUCUAAUGGUACUGAAAGUUCUUUAUUGAAAUUCACUCUUACCAGCAAACACAAAUCACUGUUCCGGUUAUUACUGUAGGUGCUACCAUUAAAUAAUUCUCAGUCGUUUUGUCAACACUACACAAAUACACUCCUUAUUAAAUGUUUGGGGACAUCUUGGCUUUCUUUUUAACAGCCCUAAACACACCACAAAGCUGCAACGGAGAUAGGAGAGAAAGUACAAUGUUUAAUGAAAUACUCAGCGCAGUCACCUGGCAUUAAGAGACUUUAAACGGAGUUUUGAACAGUGGGAGGAGUGGGAAGUUCAAGAAAGUUGUCCAGUCCGCCUCACAAACCUCUGGAAAGUCCUGCAAGACGCACAGCAGCAGAGCAUCUCGGUGGAAACAUCUUGUGAAGAAAACGUGUGCAGUGUGUAAAGAGAAUGUUGUUAAAACGGACUUUAUGGCUCAACUGAUUUUAAAUUACGGGCAUUAUGGCUCAACUGAUUUUAAAUUAUGAGCAGAAGUGUUACGUGAUGUUCUUGAAAUGAACAGAGCCUUUAAUUGUGACCCAUUAAUUGAAGUCAUUUUAUUUAUUUUAUUAUGAAAAGCUAGAUGCCCCCAAACCAUUGACAGUGUGUUUGCACAUUGAGCUUCAUUAUGUUUAUACUCAUGGUUUAUUACCGUACUGUAAAUCGAGUGUAGUGUCCAUGUUCAAGAGUUCAAGUCAAAUGAACUGAUUAUGUUCUCUGAUUCAUGAACGUUCUUUUAUUUUUACACUAAAUCAUCUUUGUCAGUUUAAUAAAAGUAGGAGUGAUGUACUAGUUCUUGUGUUAAUCCAUUACUGGAAUUGAUUUGCAUGUAUGAUACAAACUACAACCUGUAGCAUAUGUAAAGGAGUCUAAAAAUGUCUUUUUCCUCCACGCAAAGUUAUUUCUGUAGAAUAUUUUGGCCUUGACUUUCUCAAUUAAACUAUUCAUUUGAGCAUCAA